UUGUAUUGUAAUUUGCAUUGUGUUAUUUUUUAUUGCAGAUUGGAAGUUAAAAUAAAAUAAUAAACAGAGAAAAAUUAAACCUAUACAGAGGAUUCAGAUGAAAAAGGGGGCAAGAAGAGAAUUCGAGAUAAAAUAGAAGAAAAACAAAAAAAGAACAAACUAGGAAGGAUAGCAGGGAGGGCUGUCGCUGUAUUCCCUUCAUCUAUCAUCACAUCUGCUGUUCGCUGUUAGUAACCAACGUGUCAACAUAACGGUGAAGAUGAGCGGAAACAAAAAACUAAAAGAGCUGUUGACAAAUAGGCCUAUUGAUUUCCGGAAAAUAGAACAGUAUGGCCGUUCCAAGAAUGUAGAUGUUCAAGAACUGAUAGAACUCACAUCCACAUAUGCCUAUUUGGUUCAGGACAAAGAAUAUGGUCAUCUUUUGACACCAUUGCAUGUAGCUUGUAGCAGAAGUAAGCCAGAUAUUGUGGCACUAUUGUUGAAUGAGGGAUAUAGUAUUGAUCAUAGUAUGGGCUCAAUUGAAAGUCCUCUCUGUGUCGCAUUGGAACAUGGGAACAUCCCUGUGGCUCAUCUGCUGGUAAAGAUGGGAGCCAACACCACGUCCAUGGGUCGUAAUGGGUAUACACCAAUAGUGCCGGCUAUGACGCCCGUUAAUCCGGAGAAAUGCUGUGUUACUGGUGUCAAACUACUUUUGGAAUGUGGAGUUCCAGUCAAUGAUGUUGUCGUUGCUGCAAAACAGCAGAGAGCCAUCCAUGUUGCUGUUUCUCACAAUUUACCACCAGUGGUUAGUUUUCUCUUGCAGAUGGAUGCAGACCCUAAUGUGGGAGAUAUAAAUGGCCAUACUCCACUUCACUUAGCUAUAGGAUGUAAUUUUGAUAACAUUGUUAACCUUCUUGUUCUACACAAAGUUGAUUUGUACAAAGAAAAUAUAAGGGGAGAAAGUCCGCUUAUCCUAGCAAUAAAACGUCAAAACCUGAAAAAUAUAGAGACACUUAUAAAAAACGGAUAUGAUCCCAAUAAGAUCAAUUCCGUUGAGUCUUUUUUACCCUUACAUGCAGCAGCUUUGUUUUGUAAAUUGGAUAUCAUUAAACUGUUGGUUAAUCUUGGUGCCAACGUGAAUCUAACCUCAAAAUUGUGGGGUACCCCACUCCAUGCUCUGGCAUCAAAACUUCCAGAACUUUCUCAUGUCAUUAACCAAGUCCAAGAGCAAAAGGAUAUUGCAGAAUUUUUGGUGAAAAAAGGAGCAGAACUUAACGUUGCUGAUGAUUCAAUGAAUACUCCACUUCACAUAGCUGUAAAGUCAGGAUAUUUAGGGUUAGCAAAACAUUUUGUUACAAUGGGUGCACAUGUUGACUCUAGACUGAUUGCAGGUGAAACAUUAUUUCACAAAGUAGUCUUGUUAAAUCAUGACAUAAUUGAAAAAUUACUCGAAUACGGUGGAAACUUCAAUGUGUGUAACAAACAAGGGUUUACACCCUAUCACUUGGCAAUAAUGAAUAAGGUAGACGUGAGGUUUAUAAAAUCUUUUGUUAAACAUGGUUGUCCCUAUAAUCAGAAGGUUUCUAUUUGGAAUAAUGUUGUUAAGAAAUGCAACCGUGAAACUCAGUUGUUCUUCAAUGCAGAGAAACGGUUUUUUAAAGGAAUUAAAGAGAAUAAUUUGGAACUAGUCAAGUCAGCUGUCACAGACGGUGCUGUGCUUACAGGGCGUAGUGAAGGUAUGAUGUAUCCUCUUCACUAUGUUGCUAAAAACGGAUACAAAGAGUUGUUGGUGUAUUUCUUGCAACAAAAGUUUCCACCAAAUGUUUUGAACAGACAAGAUGAAACACCUUUGUACUUGGCUGCUAAGCAAGGUUAUUAUGAAAUCUGUUGUAUUUUACUGAGAUAUGGAGCUUGCUAUAACUUUUGUAGUAAUAAAUGCCCAAAAACACCUCUGAAAGUAGCACAUGAAUUUAACCAGAAAAAAAUAAUGUUCUUGUUGCGGAGAGUGAAUAAAAUGUUUGCCUUAUCACGCUCAAAUGAAAGUCUAAUUGUUUCAAAGUUAGAAAGUAUGCAGAAAAUUGAUAUCCUUGAGUAUUUAGUGUUUGCAAAUGCUAUCAAUGUCAGAGGCCAUUCACUAAUGGAAACUGCCUUCUUUUUUAAAAACACCACAAUUGCCCAAGCCAUGUUAAAAUUGCGCUUAAAUUGUGAGUUGUAAAUUUUUGUGGUGAUUUUAGUCUAUAAGAAACUAAGCUACCUAACGUGUUCUUAUAUAACGUACAGUAUGUCUAUCCUUGAGUUGGUUAGAUCGUACCCAUGACUCAUGGUAAACAUGGGUACCCAAUGGGCCAUUCAUUUUAAGAUUUAUACCAAGUACUUGUAAUCCAACAUUCUUUUAGCAUAUAGUUAUGUCAUGUUCAGGUAUGGCAGGUUUUCAGUUUAAAUGAUCUUUCUUCUAAUUCUUCGAGCAAGUUAUCCUUUGUUAAACUGUAUUUCAUACUAUAUAUCACUAACAUUUAUUGUAUAAUACCCAAUUUUAUUCAUGAGUAAUCUCAGAAAUUCUCAGUUACAAGUUUAGAGAAUUGAUAUUUAAUACUACUUGGCUAUGAUCUUACAUAAUUAUUUAUGUUAAUAUUAGUAACAAAAAAGUGCCUUAAUUCUAGUAUUUCAUGGGUUUAGUUAUAAUAAAAUUGUUCUCUCUCUUACAUUAUUUGUGUUUUAAUAAUAACUAGUAAUACUUAUUUAUUUACAGUAUUAUUAUAGUUUCAUUUGUAAAAGCUACUUUGAAACUUUUAGUGGCCCAAAAAACAAAUAUUUGGAUUCAGUAUUAGUUUAGAAUUAGUCCAUCCGUUUAAAAUAUAUUGAAUUAAAUUUAUGCUGCCAAUUAAGACUGUUCAUUGCAUUUAUUAUUUCUAUACAUUUAUAUAUUGCAUGUACAUAUUUCAUUGAUUAGUUGCAACCAACCAAAACUAGUUAAUGUAUUACAAUAACUUACAUGUAUCAAUCUUCUUUUUUUUCCAAUUCUGAGUAGGGUCAGACAUGAUCUAUCAUCAGCUACAAACACACAUACAUGAUGAUUGAAAAAGUAAGUUGCGCCCCAUCUAACUUUUUUGUUAUUUUAGAUAUAUAAAAUCUGUUUGUCCCACUCUUACUAGCUACAAAGGGCUACAUUAAUAAUGAUAGUUUUCACAUUUUUGACCCUCAAGGGAAAGGGUGGUGGUGGGUAACUCAAAAUGUUCAAUUAGCACUUAUAGUUUUGUAACAUAUUAUUUUAAAGGUCUUGGUAAUAACAAAUACACUUAUAGAAUUGAAAUCGGACCACUCUACAAGAAAUGACAGCCCCAAACGUAUAAAGUUGAAACGCAAGUUGCACGUCCCUUAACUUGUUUAUUAUUUUAGAUAUGUGAAAUAUGUUUGCAGCAAUAUUACUAGGUACAAAGGACUACACUAAUGAUAGUUUUCACAUUUUUGAUCCUCAGGGAGGUGGGAGGUAACUCAAUAUUUUCAGCUAGCUUAUAGUAAGCUAUUAGCUUGUAGCUUAUAGUCUUGUAAUAUAUCAUUUUAAAGGUCUUUUUUAGUUAAUAAAAAAUACACUAAAUUAAUUGAAAUCGGACCACUCUACAAGAAAUGACAGCCCCAAACGUAUAAAGUUGAAACGCAAGUUGCACGUCCCUUAACUUGUUUAUUAUUUUAGAUAUGUGAAAUAUGUUUGCAGCAAUAUUACUAGCUACAAAGGACUACACUAAUGAUAGUUUUCACAUUUUUGAUCCUCAGGGAGGUGGGAGGUAACUCAAUAUUUUCAGCUAGCUUAUAGUAAGCUAUUAGCUUGUAGCUUAUAGUCUUGUAAUAUAUCAUUUUAAAGGUCUUUUUUAGUUAAUAAAAAAUACAUUAAAUGAAUUGAAAUUGGUCCACUCUACAUGAAAUGGCAGCACCAAAUGGAACUGAGCAUUAUUGUGAUUCAUAGCUAGACACUAAUACCUAACUUAAUAAAUAGAAAAAAAUCAAUUAAGCCAAAACUUAUUUGGGUAAUUGCAGAUAAGUAUUGUCGUAUUAUGGAGGGAGUAGUUGGGAUAACUAAUAUCCUCUUCUUUACCUCAUUCUUCACUUAUGCAAUGCUUUUAUCAAAUAAUUUUUCCAAUUUUUAACAAAUUCGCUUGAAAAGUCUGAUUAUUAGGAUAACACCCCAAACUUAAUGUUGUAAUGUGUAAUUCAGUAACCCCUGUAAUAGGACGAAUCGAGAUAGAUAAACAAACAGUUGAGCAUUGUUGGACAGCUAAGUGUAUGUUUCUGCUUCGAUCAAUUGCAAUCUUAUUUACAUUACAUGUGUUGUGUUUUGAAGUUUAUUGAAUAAUAAUGUAGUCACCAAUUGGUAUUCUGGUUUAUUGAAAUCUUUGUUUAGGAACCUUUAAGAUGACGUGUUACAAGACUAUAAGUGCUAUUUGAAAAUUUUGAGUUACCCCCCACUCCUUAUCUCCCUGAGGGUCAAUAGUUUGAAACAUAUCAUUAUUAGUGUAGCCCUUUGUAGCUAGUAAGAUUGCAGUAAACAGAAUUAUAUAUCUAAAAUAAUAUAAAAAGCUAAGAGGGAGUGCAACUUACCUUUCAAUCAAUAUAUAUUUCUAGAUGGACAUGUAUAUUUUUGAGUGUAUAGUAAAAGACAAACUGGUUUAAUUAUGAUGGUUGUCCACAAUAAGAUUUUUUAUUAUUUUGUCGAUGGCACAGUGUGGCGGGUACAACAGUCACUAGAUAACUAGAUCAAACAAUGUUGAGCGUGGCUGCUGCUUGGAUAGGUGACCGCUGAGCGAUCCUGUCCUUGCAAGUAGCCUGCCUACCCGGACAUUGGUGGUGGUUCGGAAGUCACCUUUAAGUCGUUGGUCCCCAGGUUGUAUUAGAGAGGACUUUUUAGCCCUAACUUCACCUGAUAAAAUAAUCUUCUCUACAUUUUACUUUACUUUUACAUGAGACCAUUUUUUCAAACGCACUUUUACAUUUGAGUUUUCCCAUAAUAUCUUCUUUGUAAGCAUUUUCCAAUAUUAAAAAUGUUUUAGUAGAAUUUUUACCAAACAAGAAGCAAGAUUUUACAGUUGCAUGUUGUUUAUAUUAACUCCCUAUCAUGAGAAACAAAGAGAAAACAAUACAGCAGUGUAAACAUCAUUUCAUGUACACAAGCCAGGUUGAUGACAAAUAAAGCAUUGAACUUCACAAGCCCUCUAGCAGCACUAAUUCGGUUUCUUUUGGUUAUACCCCUUGUACAUAAAUAUCUAAUGAAAACAUACUAAUAAAAAUAGCCCAGUCCUUAAGUUGUAUUUAUGUACCCUCAGAUGUUAGUAUUUGUGUAUAAGAAUAAGCGUAUGAAGUUUUAUACUGUGGUAUUUCUAAUAAUUAUUAUAAUACAAAUAAGAUUGGUAAUAUACGUAUAUAUAUAUUUAACAAAUGGCUCAUAUUUAACAAACUACUAAGCCAUGCAAACAGUAAAAAAGCAAUAGGGAAAUUAAAAGCAAUGUGUACUCCAUUCGGCACAUGACGCGCUUUACAAAAUCCGAUUUAUACCCGUACAUAACAGCAGUUGUGAAAGAUCAUGUUUGCAUGCCUUAGUGGUUUGUUAAAUUUGAGUCCGCGCUUAAAGAGAUACCUCAGACUAUCAUAUAUCCUGUUGGUAGUACGAUUGCUUAAUAUUUGGGGUACAUGGAGAAAUGUUGGGAAAACAUUGAAAUAAUUUGUUGUGCAAAAUUUAAAGCUUAUAUACUGUUAUUGUUAUACUUAGACAUUUAGCGUAAAAAGAACCAUCACGGUUUCUUAUCAUUAUUAUUGAAAAAUUCAACGGCAUAUAAAAAGUCUGGAAAUUAGCUGUUGUUAUGAACGUGUUAGUAUAUCUUUUUUAAGUACCAAAUACAUUAAAAAUUAAUGUAUUUGAUACUUUAAAAAAUAAUACAUGAUCAAGAUCUUAUUGUACAUGACAUAUUAGAUAUAAUAGUGACAGAUACAUAAUAUGUUGUAUAAUAUUAAUACUAUGAUAAACUACAAGCAUGAAAAAUAUUUUUAACUCCAUACCUAAUGAAGUUUUAUUAUUUAUUUGGAUUGAAAUAAAUUAAUAUAUUGAAAUUUCACUUCAAUUGUAUAGUUUGUGAUCACAGAUUAAUUAUUAUUAUCAAUGAAUAUGUUUAAUUAAUACUUUUCAUAUUAAAAUUUACAAGUUUGACCAUGUUUACCUGUAUUUUUAGUUAUGUUUUGUGUUGUAGAAAAAGUGAAUUUGCUGUUAAACCUUAAUUAUCCUUUCUUCUGCAUCAGUAACCAUAAUAGUUGGUGGAUGGAAAAUCAUAAUCUGUCAGUUUAAAACUAUUAUAUUUGAAGAGAAAUUACAAAUGGUUACAUGUAGGAAGCAUUUAAACCACAGAACGGUAUUCAAAUAAUCCAGAAGAAAUUGAAAUGGAAGUGCAAUAAAUUAAAUAAUACGACCGUAUGAUAAGAUAUAUGCAAAUUAAAUGCAUUUACACAAGUGUUAUUUUAGUUUCAAUUCUUUGUUUAAAAUUUGUUUUUUAGUUGAAAUCUUAUUGAAAUAAAUGUAAUUAAUCUAAAAAAGUAUAAAUGUUAAAGCACUUUGUUAUACUGAACAAGUUAACUAUAAUCAUAAACAAUAAUUGGAGUUUAAAAGGCAAUUUACUUUUGUAUGUUUUAAAUAAACUAAGUGUGUGGUAAAGGUUUUGUUUCUAUAAAGGCGUUGAAUUUGUCCACGUACUUGUACCUGUAGAAGCUAGAGGUUCGCAAAAGUUCUGAAAAAAUUAUAAUUCGUUGUGGUUUUACACACCUUCCACGUAAAGAGUUUCUUACUCCAUAUAAUAUUGGGUCAGAUUUUUUAAUAAUUUAUUUUGACUAAUAUAUAUGUAAGACUGUACAGUACAAGGUUUUUACCAUAAAAUGUUUGCUUUGCAGAUUGCAUUGCCACAAUAUUAAAGCUUAGAGUAACAAAUACAAAUUACAAAUUUAUUUAUUACAAUUUUAAGUUUUCUUUAUCAAACUGUAUUCAUUUGAUUAUGUAAAGAUAACUCUUUAAAUUACAAGUAAAGUGAUAUUUUAAAUAGUAGUAGAAAAUAACUAAAAAUAUUAAAGUUAUGUUAAAAUGUAUGUUUUAUAUUAGUAUUAAGCUCAAUUUGAUAAGGGUGCUGUGAUGUCCCUCAGUUCUAUGAUAGGAUUGAAUAAACUACUUGUGUCAUAAUGUACUUGUACGUUUCCAUUCUUUUUAUCAUUAAAUUAAUAUAAUUGUGAUGUAUAACAUUGUUUUUAAAGUUGAAAAUACAGGAAAAAAGUUGAAAUAUUAAUAUUAAUUCAAUUAUAUACAAUAGUUAAUAUUACUUGAUUUCUUAGCAGGUACUAGUUUGAUUUUAUGCUGUUAAUGUUAAUCUACAACUAUUUGGUUUUGGUUUUUACCUAUGGAUAAAAUGUAUUUUUAUAAAUAUUGAAAUGUAUCAAAUAAAAUAAUGCUUCCUCUUUUUA